AUGACAGCACCGUCUAGCGAGCACAAUCCUGGCGUUCUGCCGUCAUGCACUAACAGCGCAGUUGAAGCGUUUGUUGCCGAUGCCACCGAUAUUCGCGAUCUUCUUUACAAGUACCGUGCUGACGCAGAACUCUUGACGCAUGGGCUGAGGAGCUUUGUACAUCGCGAGAUUUAUGAGCAGGCGCAAUUCUCGCACUUGCGUGCCUCUGCUAACCAAACCGAACUGGCUUCUCUGCGUGACCCUAGAUUUAUCGAGUAUCUUGCGCGACGUCAAGCGGAAGGAAAGCGUGUGGGUCUGUCCGCCUUCUCAGGUGGUGACGUGACGAUCAGUGACCAAACUGAUGGUGUAGGAGCGACGAACGCCAGUACCGACUGCCAGUGGUGGGCGCAACGUAUGAAAGAAGAGGGCUCGCCAUGGCUUCAGUGCUGGGCACCCGAUGCAGCGCUGCCUCUGGCAGCCUUCAAGCGCCUGCCAGAUGUUUGGAAGGGAUGGAAGCAUCCAAGUGCUGCAUAUGAUACCGAGUUUGAUAGAAUGCUCGAGGAGGUGUACGCGAGAACACCGCCUUCUUGUAGCGCCACCAUGAGGUACUGCUGCUUUGGGAACGGUACUCUUUGCAUUCUUCCCAUCGAGGACGACGUGGCGAUAAUGGAUGGGUUUGAAAAGAGUGUAUCACAGAUGGCGGGAGCUUCUUGGGAACCCUUUUCCAAAUCACCUCCUCUGCUGAGCACGGACAACGCAGGCUACGCAGUGGCCUCUGUCCUCGAUAGCUACUUUGCUGAGUUGACCAGCGCUGUUGCCAUGACGCGCGACGAACUUCACGAGAAGGUCUCCACGCUGGUGCAGAAAAAGAAACUGGCCAACAUGGAUAGCCACGCCACCGUAGCAGACAGUUUUCGACUCACUGGUGAUGCCUGGGACACGUUGAGCUUUGCUCACCCGGAUAGACUGAAGCACGCUGUCAUGGUACGCGGCUUCUUCUUUAAAGGUAGGCUUUCCUUGGUGGAGCAGCUCGGCGCAGAGGUGGAUGUCGCACCACUCUUCUUUGCAGAUGAGAAAGGCUCUAGCAUGCUGGAAGAGCGUGGGCAGCGUGUUCAGCGCCUUUUCUCGCAGACCCUGUCCACUCUCUACAGUGAGCUUGAACGAGCCUGCCACGGCGUCACGGUGCCCGGUGAAACGGCCCUUCCGCCAAACGCAGCACUCACUGUUGCCGUGAACGUGCCCUCCUCUGAGCGCGACGUGGUCAAGGGUGUGCUGCUAGACGUGCACCCAGUAAGCCCUCAGUUGCCGUUUGACGGUCACGUCACCUGGAUGGACGUGUGCGCCGUCGGGCGGCAGCGUGCCUGUGCCCCGCCAGGGACUCAGGAGCCACUUGGCGCUGCCGCCGUCUCACGCGGCAGCAGCGACGAGGAGUACAGUGUUCUCUUCCGCCUCACCCGUCUACCUGUGGCGUCACUGCAGCCGUACGAUGCCGUAAGCCGUCGCGUCUUUCCACUGCUUAAUAGACAGCUCACUGCAGACCAGCGGCGCAAACACGAAAGGGCAGACAAGGAUGUAGAAGUGCCAGCGGGAGGUGUGGCUGACGUCUCUUACUCAGCUCCUUCGAUGCCUGUACCCAUCUGUGUUGGCGCUGUAGCGUGUGUGGCUGCGGCACUCAGCGUGGCCCGCUGGGUUCGUCAAUCCUAG